AUGUCUUUUGCAACCAAACUUGCGCUUAUUGGCACUUUCGCCACUUCUACUCUCGCCCACGGCCUUGUGAGCGGCUUCGUGACCGACGGAUCGUACAAUCAGGGUUUCUUGCUUGAUUAUUACUAUGCCAAGGUCAACGGCCAGGCUGUUCCUGAUAUCGCCUCAUGGUCGGCCGAGAACCUGGACAACGGAUUUGUUGACGGCAGCAGCUACACGGCUGCUGAUAUCAUCUGCCACAAGAAUGCCGAGCCGGGCAAGAUUACCGCGAAGGUCGCUGCUGGUGGCACUGUCGAGUUCCAGUGGACUGUCUGGCCCGACUCCCACUUCGGCCCUGUCUUCACUUACAUUGCCAGCUGUGGCGAUGACUGCUCCACCGUCGACAAGACUGCACUCAAGUGGAUCAAGAUUGACGAAGCCGGCAUUGAUCUUGACACACAGGAGUGGGCAGCCACGAAGCUGAUCGCCAACAACAACACCUGGGUCACCACUGUCCCGGAGUCCAUCGCCCCCGGCAACUACGUCUUCCGCCACGAGAUCAUCGCCAUGCAUGCGGCCGGCUCCCUGAACGGCGCCCAGAACUACCCGCAGUGCGCCAACAUCGAGAUUACCGGCUCCGGCACUGAGCUGCCAGAGGGCGUCCUCGGCACCGAGCUGUACUCGCCUACUGACCCGGGCAUCCUGUUCAACCCCUACACCACCCUCACGAACUACACGAUCCCCGGCCCUACUCUAUUCAGCGGCGCGAGCUCCGGCGGCAGCCCCGCUACCUCCGCGGCGGUUUCCGCCACCUCCGCGGCUGCGGUCACCAGCGCGCCUGCGGCGAUCGCCACCUCUGCCGUUGUCAGCUCUGUUGCUGCCGUGCCGACGACCUCUGCUGUCGAGGAGACCCCGGCUGCCACCUCCACGGCGCCUGUUGCCACUGCUACCCCGAGCACGCCCGUCACCUGUGGUAGCAAGCGGAAGGUCCGCCGCCAUGCUCGCGACAUCUCCAAGAAGAUGUGA